CACAUUAUAUACCUUCUCCACUAAAGCUGGAAUAGAGAUAUCCAUAGCAUAAGCAUCUAUACUCAACUAUCUCAAAGUGGCAGCAUAUAUUCCUCUCCUCUCUCUUGUAUAUAUAUACAUAUGCAUUAAUUGUAGGCCUUAGGCAUCAUGGGUUCCAUCUCUGUGGACGUUGAGACACUCAACCAUAUCCUAGGGCUGGUGGAGGCCUUCCGAGCCUUCGACUCCGACAACGAUGGCUGUAUCAACGUCCAAGAGCUCGGAGGGAUCAUGUCGUCGCUCGGGUACAACGUGACCGAGCAGGACGUACAAGCCAUGAUGCACAAGGGCGACGGGCAGCUGCUCAGCCUGCCCGACUUCAUAGACAUCAACACCGAGAAUCUCCAACUCAGCGGUCUCAGCGCCCUCAAAACGGCAAUCCAAGCACUGGAGCUCCACCAACACGACGUCUUGACCGGGGAGGAGCUCCGUCGAGCUGUUGGCAAUUUGGGCGUUGAGUUGUCUUUGGAUGAUUGCCAACAAAUUGUGGCCUCCAUGGAUGGUGAUGGAGAUGGAGCUAUAAGUGUUGAUGAACUCAAUCUCAUACUCAAUUGUCUUGUUUAGGCUUAGGUUUCAAUUUUCUUUGCUAUAUGUGAGUAUUACUUGUGUUUGUAAUGAAUAAGUAAAACUAGUAUGAGAGGCAUAUGGUUAUGAUGCAACGUCACGUUCAUCAUCUGUUAUAAGAUUGUAUGAUUGCCUAAAUUUUUGUAAGAUAUAAAUCAAAUCAAAUUAUCAACACCUUCGAAUA